UUGUGUCAAUUGAGAAAGUGAAAAAAAAAUGUAAUUAACAAAUAACAAACAACAGUAUGUAUCUAAAAGUUGUUUUAACUUUUUCAUUCCCUGUACAGCAUAAUGCCAAAAAUUAAUCAGGCUAGUGCUUGUUAAUAUUUGUGUUAAUUGAAAGGAACGAAUCUGUUUUGCAUUCCUAAACCUUUUUUCCAGUAAUUUUACUUAACCUACUAAACAUGGUUUUUAGUGCUUGAAUUCAGUACUAUAGAGUCGAUACUAUUAUAAUUUUGUCUACAAUUUUCUUUUCGUAUUGUGUUUAUAUGUGAACUAAAUAAAAUAUAAGCUGUUGCAUUUGUCCAAAGCCUUAACAAAUAAUUUAACUAAGUUACUGUGGGUAUAAUAUUGCUGUUUUCUAUUUUAUUGUAAUAAUUUAAGAUUAUCAAAAAAAGGUCGCUUAUAAUGACUGUUAUUCUUUGUGACGCCUUGCUUAAAUUCUAUCCAGUUGGUAACGACAUUGACAAUUCUAAAUAGAGUAUGCAGGCUGAUAAAAGGAAUUUCUCAAUUUUCUAUAAGAUAUUUAAGAGCCCCAACUUCAGAGACACUUUCUUUAUCGCAGCCCUGUGGCGUCCGCAGGUCACCCAGAUACAUCGAUUCGACAUGCCGGGCGACAGUGGCGUCGUCGUCAAGCCAAACAGAAGCGGCAGCGGCAGUGAGACGGCAACUGGCAAAGCAACCAGUCAUAAGCCAAAGCCAUAGUCAUCCGCCGGCGACGAGGAAGAGGACAACUCAGCACCCGAGCUAGAAACGCUGGCAUACGAUUUGUGUAGCCCAUUAAUAUGCACAGGAUUUAAUUAGCCAUAGAAUCCGGACGGAGGGUGACGGAGGCUAGAAUGCGACCCAUUUGGGAGUCGGCCAGCAGGCCGCUGUUUGUGCGCUCCGUGUGGCAGGAGGCGAUCGGGAGGCGCCACUUCAUCCUCGACUACGAGCCGCGACAGAGGCAGCGCUGGAAGCGCCAGAAAACCAGGCUGAGAGGCAGCGACCAGCAGUCGCAAUCCUGCGAGUUCUACGAGCAGUCCACAGAGGAAAGCGAGGAGUACCUGGACGAGUACCUGCUACUGGACGCCACCAAGCUGACGCUGCAGCAGCAACAAUCGCUGCCCGCCUUGGGUGGGCGGCCGGGCCCCGCCCCUUCGUUGGGAGGCGGUCAGCGGGAUCAGCGGCACAACAGUCGCCAGUCGAAGCGUCGAGCCUGGCUGCUGAGCCGCGGGCGCACCUAUCACCUGGAUCACCAGAUGGACCACCAUUCGCGGCGAAGCUCCUUGCAAGAUGCAGCCAGCAGUCUAACCACGACGGCCAACAAUCCCGAGGAGCGUCUGGCCGAGAGGGUGCUCCACUGGCUGGAUUUGGCCGGACGCACGGACAUAGUGAAGGAGGCGGUGCCGGUGCCCAGUCCACCAGUGGCCACCAGUAGUGCCCAGUUGGCCAAAUCCGCCCACAGGCUGCAGCGCAGUCAGCAUCGCAGUAUGAGUCUCAAGCGAGUGGCGGCUGCGGCGGCAGCGAAUCACCAGCGAUCGGUGGCCAGAAAGCCCAUCGCCAAGCCACCACCCUCCGCCCAGCAGGUCACCACGUCCCCCGCCUCCAUCUCCGCCUCCAAUGCCAAUGCCAAGCCCAUAACCAUAAUCUUCAACAAGGAGGGUGUCCCAGUGCGUUUAAAUAGACCUGCUCGCAACAUCGAUCUGUGCACCCUGAGCAGCAGUGCCAGCACCACGCGAAGAUUGGCCGGACAGCUGGCCUCGGCCCGCCUGUACAGUGGAGCCAGUGCAUCCCCGCUGACGGAGGACAGCCGCACGCCGCCGCUCAGCAGCCGGGGAAUGGCAUCGGCCGCCUCGGAUAGCCGGAAACAGCUGCACAUCUUCAUGCCCAGCCUCCCGAAGAAGGGUUUGCUGGCAGUGGGAUCGGCGGCUGGCAGUGGCAUUGGGGGUUCUGGCGAGGAUGCCCUGAGCACCAGCUUCAGUGAGCUUUGCCAGCUAUAGACAGCCUCAUUUUGAUUUUGAUUUAAAUUUGUACUUUACAAUAUGAUGCGACUUUACAAAGUUUCAAAUAAACGUUAUGCAAUUCAUUUUGAAAACCCAGUUCUAUUUUAAAAUAUUCAUG